GAUGGAUUCCCAAAUCAAGCAUGCUUUGGUGGUUAAGGUAAUGGGCCGAACAGGUUCAAGAGGGCAGGUCACCCAGGUGAGAGUUAAGUUUCUUGAUGAUCAGAAUCGGUUUAUCAUGAGGAAUGUGAAAGGACCAGUCCGGGAAGGCGAUAUCCUCACUCUGCUGGAGUCAGAGAGGGAAGCUAGAAGGCUCCGAUGAUCUAGUGGUGUUGGAAACUUUUGCUCUCCCUGAAAAUGUGUGGUUACCAGUUUUGAGGGUGUCAUACUCUAUAGUAGUUUUAAUUUUUCAGGGAUAAGACACUCAUCUCUUUAUAAUACUGUGUUUCAGUGUAAUAUUGCAUUGCAGAAAUUCUCAAGUUUGCCUUGUUAUUUGAAUUGUUGCAUCCUUUAUGUGGUGCAUUUGGUGGUUAAAGGUUUUAUGUUUGAUGAAAUUGAAUUAUAAUCACACCUUUAUGUCCUGAAA